UAAUAUUUGUAACUAUAAAUAUAAAUAAAUAGCAGCAACGCAAGAGUUGGUUGUCAGUAACUAUUUCACUCUGCACCUACUCCCUCUCCCACACCUACCUGGUUUAAUUGAAAUAAUGGCGAGAAAGAAGAUCAGAGAGUAUGAUUCAAAGAGAUUAGCGAAAGAGCAUUAUAAAAGGAUUUCCGGCUCCGAUUUAGCUAUCAAAUCUGCACAGGUUACAGAAUCAACCGACUUGACUGAGCUAAUAGAGAGAGAACCAUGGCUCUCUUCAUCAAAAUUGGUUGUUAAACCCGACAUGUUGUUUGGAAAGCGUGGAAAGAGUGGGCUCGUUGCUCUAAAUCUUGAUUUGGCCCAAGUGUCUGAAUUUGUAAAGGCACGGCUUGGCAAAGAGGUUGAGAUGGGAGGAUGCAAAGGACCCAUAACCACAUUCAUUGUUGAGCCAUUUGUUCCACACAACGAAGAGUUUUAUAUCAACAUUGUAUCUGAACGAUUAGGAUGUAGCCUUAGCUUUUCAGAAUGUGGAGGAAUUGAUAUCGAAGAGAAUUGGGACAAGGUUAAGACAAUUUUUUUGCCAACUGGAAUGUCUUUGAAUCAAGAGAUAUGUGCUCCACUUGUUGCAACCCUUCCAUUGGAGAUCAAACCUGUAAUUGAAGAGUUUAUCAAAUCCAUAUACUCUUUAUUCAUUGAUCUUGACUUUACUUUCCUGGAAAUGAACCCUUUCACCCUGAUUGAUGGAAAGCCAUAUCCUCUUGAUAUGAGAGGAGAGCUUGAUGACACCGCAGCAUUCAAGAACUUCAAAAAGUGGGGCAACAUUGAGUUCCCAUUGCCUUUUGGAAGAGUUAUGAGUGCUACUGAAAGCUUUAUUCAUGGACUAGAUGAAAAGACUAGUGCAUCUUUGAAGUUCACAGUUCUUAAUCCAAAGGGACGAAUUUGGACUAUGGUUGCAGGUGGUGGGGCCAGUGUCAUAUAUGCUGAUACGGUUGGAGAUCUUGGUUAUGCUUCUGAGCUUGGAAACUACGCAGAAUACAGUGGAGCACCAAACGAAGAGGAGGUUUUACAGUAUGCUCGAGUUGUCAUUGAUUGUGCAACUGCUGAUCCUGAUGGUCAAAAGAGAGCUCUUGUAGUAGGAGGUGGUAUUGCUAACUUCACUGAUGUUGCAGCCACAUUCAAUGGCAUCAUUCGUGCCAUGAAGGAGAAGGAGUCUAAGUUGAAAGCUGCAAACAUGCAUAUCUACGUAAGGAGAGGAGGUCCAAAUUACCAAAGAGGGCUUGCAAAGAUGCGUGAACUCGGGCAGGAAAUCGGCAUCCCAAUUGAGGUAUAUGGGCCUGAAGCAACAAUGACAGGAAUAUGCAAACAAGCAAUUGAUUGCAUCACUGCCUCGGCCUAAACUACCUUUGGGUUUUUCUGCUUUGAUGCCUUGUCGUGUUUAAAUGGAAGUCUUGUGAUUGUUUGUUUUUGUUUCUUUAUAUUAUUCUUCUGAACAUUCGUAGAUAUUUGAAGUAAAAGAACAUAAUGGUAAUAUUGUAAACAUGGGUAUAGUAUACCAGACUCGUAGUCUUGUUGAAAUAUUGUAAUUCUGUGAAACAAUCAUAAAUUAAUGAA